AUCAAAUUUAGAUAGGUCAAAUUUUAUACGAAUUAAAUGGAAUUUUUGAUUUAGAAUUAGACUAGUCUACUAUCUCUAGUGAUAUAUAUUUACUAAAUGCUAACAAUAGCUUUCUACAAAACAAAAAGAGACUAAACACUUAAGGUCUAAUUUGAAUAAUAAAAACAUUUACUUUAGAAAUAAAAUAUCUCGAAAAAUGACUAGUCUUAGCAUGCAGUGUCCUCCCAUGAAUAAAAAAAAGAAUGUUUCACACCCAACUUGGAGUCAAUCGGGCUUGUCAUUCCUGAAAGGGGAGUUUCCAUAAAACUACCAUCGAUAAACCGUCAAGCAAAAAGAACGAAAAACUAAAAAGAAGAAAAAUACUAGCUGGUUGCAUUAAGAAUAACUGGUGGGUCAAGUACAAGGAUAUGUAGAACAACGUGUCACACACACAUAAUACAUUCAUAUAUAUAUUCACCAGUUAAUCACAACUCUGGCCAUUCACUUAAGUUUCUGGAAAAAGGAAAAAGAAAAGAAGAAGAAGAAGAAGAAGAAGAAGAAAGAGCAGAGAAAAAGAAAUGGGGAUUUUUGUUAGUCUGAUUUGUUUACAUGUAUUUCUUGUGUUAUAUCUCUUCUCUCACAUUACUGUCUCACAAAGAGUUGUGACCUCUCUGCCUGGUUUUGAUGGCCAGCUUCCAUUUUAUCUAGAAACUGGGUACAUUGGCGUAGGUAAAUUCAAUGAGUCGCAGCUGUUUUACUAUUUUGUAAAGUCCCAGAGGAGUCCUGCAUUAGACCCUCUUGUUCUUUGGAUCAGCGGUGGCCCUGGCUGCUCCUCUCUCACUGCCUUCAUAUACGAAAAUGGCCCAAUAAUUUUCAAUUACUCCAACUACAAUCCAGGUUUGCCAUCCCUACAGUUGAACCCUUCUGCAUGGACACAGGGCCUCAAUAUAAUAUAUCUGGAUGCACCAGUAGGCACUGGAUUCUCUUACUCAACCACCCAAGAAAAUUACCAUGUUGAUGACCAGAACUCUACAGCUCAAAUUUAUGAGUUUUUACGAAAGGGAUAUGUACUUGGGAACCCAAAGACAGAUUAUUUUCUGGAUUUAAAUGCAAGAGUCCCAUUUGCUCAUAGAUUGACACUCAUAUCAGAUCAAAUCUAUCAGGAUGCCAAGGAAUAUUGCCACGGGGAUUAUGUAAAUAUAAACCCAAGCAACACCAACUGUGUUUCAGCUAUGAAUGCGUUUUACGAGAUGACUCGUGACAUAUGUAUUAUUCAAGUACUUGAGCCUAAUUGCCAAAUUGCAAGGCCAAGAACAAAGGGUGCACAAGGAAGAAGGACACUGGAUGAGGAGGAUCUCCAAGAUCUUAAUAUUUCAGGACUGAAUAAAAGCGCAUAUUGGUGCCGGAGUUAUUACUAUGUGCUGUCUGAUAUCUGGGCUAAUAAUAAAAGAGUUCGAGAGGCUCUUCAUGUCAGAGAGGGCACAACUGGGGUUUGGACGAGAUGCAAUUUCAGCGUAGCCUACACAAAGUCAGUGACAAGUACAAUUGAUUAUCACAAAUACUUCAGCAAGCAAAACCUUCGAGCUCUGGUGUACAGUGGUGAUCACGACAUGAAUAUUCCCCACAUUGCCACACAGAAUUGGAUUCAUAUGCUCAAUUUGAGCAUCAAUGAAUACUGGCGGCCAUGGUUUGUGAAUGGUCAGGUUGCUGGCUAUACAGAGAAGUACAAGAAUGGUGAUUAUACUUUGGUAUUUGCUACUGUUAAGGGUGCGGGUCACGAUGCUCCAGAGUAUAAGCCAACCGAAUGUUAUGCCAUGGUUGAUCGUUUCUUUGCUUAUUUUCCUCUUUAACUAAGGGCAAAAUCUAUCUCAAUUAUUCAAUUUUAUUUUAUGUUUGAUUGCAUUCUAAAAUACAUUUGUAUCUUUAUUUGUAUUUAUAUAUUUUAAUAUUUUUUUUAAAAGCGUGUAUACAAACGCCAUUAGUAGUAAAUAAAUUGUAUUUACUAUUGAGGUCAGAAUUUUAGCCUCAAUUUCUAUUUUAUAUUAUUUUGAAAUUUUAAAAUUAUUUUUAUCACAAUUUGAUAAAUUGAUAUUUUUCUUAAAAACAUGUCUAAAAAGAGUAGUUUAGGAAAAUAAAAUAAAUAAAAAAAAUUCCAAACAUGUAUUUUGAACACCCAAUAACAAUUAUAAAAAAACCGCGUCAACAAAAUACCGUAUAUUUCAACUUUAAUUCAUUGGCUAUUUUAUUAUUCUAAAAAUCCCUUAACUUAUAAAUUUUAAUUAAUUAAGCCCUAAAGGUUUUAUAUAAUGUUUUGUUAUAAUUUUUAUAUUC